UCCGACAGAAUAUAACUGCUGUGGUUGGAGGGUUGUCCUCUCUAUCCUUAUUGAGGAGCGCGGUUUGGCAUCGAUUAGAAAUAGGACCUGUUUGUUGUAAUUUCAUCAGCAUCUUUCCACGAUAAAUUACCGACUAUACCUCUUGUAUUCUGUAAGUGGGGUGGAAAGCCACCACAAUGACAAUCAGAAAUGUACGGGAUCAUGGACAGAGAUUUCGACCGCGGAUGGCAUGUCUAAAGAAGCUGGAGGCGGUGAUGCUGGAGAUGCAGGAUCCACAGGCAGGAGUGAAGUCUCAACCUCAGAGACUGGUCAUCACUACUAUACCCCACGCUAUGACUGGUGAGGAUAUAGUGGCAUGGCUAGCUAACCGCUUCACAGUGGAAACCCAAGAGGCUUGCACCUUGGGAACUAUGAUGGUGUCAUAUGGAUUUAUAUAUCCACUCCAGGAUCAUAAACGCCUGAUUCUCAAACCAGACACCUCUCUCUACCGGUUUCAGACACCAUACUUCUGGCCCGCCCAGCAGUGGCCUGUUGAAGACACAGAUUAUGCAAUCUAUCUGGCAAAGAGAAACAUACGCAAGAAGGGUAUCCUGGAGUUGCACGAGCAGGAGAAGUACAACAACCUUCACAAGUGGAUGAACCAUAAAUGGGACUUCAUUGUGAUGCAGGCAAAGGAACAGUACAGAGCUGGGAAGGAGAGGAAGAAGCCGGACCGCGUGGUGUUUGACUGUCAGGAGAGAGCGUACUGGGUCGUCCACAGGCCUCCGCCAGGUACAGUCAGUGCCAUGGAGUAUGGACUGGACCGUCUGAUAGAUCCCAACACAGAGGAGAAAAAAACAUCUGAUGUCUACAGAAGAAUUAUGAUCUUUACCCAGCAGUCGAUCAUGAGGCCCAGGGUGAAGUCCUCUGUGUCCAUCGGAGCGCUGGUGAAGUACUCAGUCACAUACAAGCACCAUGACCCGUUUCUUAGCAGCUGUCUCCCGAGCAACCCCUGGAUCACUGAUGAUGUCACCCUCUGGGCGUUGAACAUGGCUAAUGUGGAGAUGCCCACUAAGAUGCGAGUGGAGAGGUGGACCUUCAGUUUUGGGGAGCUGCUCUCUGACCCUCGGGGCCGUGCUGACUUCAGACUGUUCCUCAAAAAGGAGUUCAGCGGUGAGAACCUGGCCUUCUGGGAAGCCUGUGAGGACCUGAAGUGGGGCACAGCUGACACCAUGCAGGAGAAAGCCCAGCACAUCUACAAGACCUUCCUAGCUCGCGGCGCCCCCCGCUGGAUUAACAUCGAUGGGAAGACGAUGGACAUCACAGUGAAAGGUCUGAAGCACCCCCACAGAUACGUCCUGGACGCGGCUCAGACACACAUAUUCAUGCUGAUGAAGAAGGACUCGUACGGCCGGUACCUAAAGUCUCCAGUGUUUAAGGACACCCAGAAGAGAGCCAUCAACCCUGAUCAGCACAGGUUCAGUGAUGUUCAACUGGAGCAGAACGCCCGUAAGCGCAGGCCCAGCAUCAGCCCCAUCAUCCUCCGGCAGCAGGAGGAGGAGCAGAGGGCCAAGCUAGCUGCCAGCGGCCCCGUGGACAUCACACAGGUCAUGAGUAAACUCAGCAACAAGGGCAAGGAGGUGCCCCCCAAGAAAUAAGUACAUGCACACACUGUACAUGCACACCAGAACACAUGCUUUGGCAGGUGGGCUUGUGCAUGGCAGAAUAGCAGCUGUGAAAGGCAAUGUCAGUAGAUAUAUCUGCGAAAGUAAGGACUGUCUGUAGUGAUGUCAGGGAGCAGAGCAGUCUAGUUGUGUUGGUUUGAACAGACAUGUGUCAUGUAUCACUGGGUUUUUGUCAUCGACAGUAUGUGUUUCAGUUUCCAUCCACCUACCAUGCCGUCUGUCUCUGUGUUCUACCAUGCUGUCUGUGUCUGUGUUCUCUGCUUGAUCGUUUACUUUUAGAGAAUGUUCAAGUUCCAUUAAAGUGUGUUUUGCUGUAAUAAAUAUGUCAGGCCACCUCAU